GCCAGACUGAUUAACGUAAGCACUAAGGAGGAAAAUGUUCCGCUACAGAUGUUCCCGGGUCAUUUGGUGUAGUGGAACAAGCAGGCACAGCCUGGACACUCUGUGCUGAGUGCAGGCAGUGCCAGACAAGAUGGAGCAGCCUGUGCCCCAGAUUUGCCAGGCCUUUGGCCACAGCAGCCAGCAGAAAAAUCACAAAGCACAAGCUAAAAGGAGUUCAGAUGGCUCUUGUGGCUUUGCCACAAAGGGAGGUACAAGCUCAUCUAUUUCACAUGUUGUUAGGAUUUAAGCCAAAGAUUUCUUGCCCAGCUUGUGUCCUGAGCUUUACUUUUGAAAACGCAUGGUAUUAACUUCAGCUCUGACCUGGCUGGCUGUGAAUGAAAACAGAUACUUCGAGCAGACCUGGACAUGCAAGUUAACUGUGCUGUCUUCUGUAAAGAGGAUUAUUAUGAACUUUGUGUAACCUGUUUUCCUAGAUAUCUUCUCUGGGUUUUUACACAAGAGGACAUGAAUAAUUUACAUUAAGUAAUCUUUCAUACCUUCCCCAUCCUCAGGUGCAGGUUAAGGAUUUGACAUCAAUCUGUUUUGUGAAGACUCUUGUAGAAGCACAGCACAGCAAAUGACCUGCUGUAUGAGCAGGUGAGUGCUGAGAGGUUCACUAUAGCUCACCUCCCUUCCGUUUGUUGUGCAGCACUUCUCUUUCUGACGGUGGUUCAGCUCCUGAUGGAAGAGCAAAACGUUAUCACAGAGGUCCCAGCAGCCCUAAAGCGCCUGGCCAAAUACAUAGUGCGUGGUUUCUAUGGAUUAGAGCACUCCCUGGCCCUUGAUCUACUGAUCCGCUACCCCUGCAUGAAAGAGGAUGACCUGUUACAGCUGCUCAAGUACGAACGUAAACAACUGCGUGCUAUCCUCAACACGCUCAAGGCAGACAAGUUUGUGAAGCUGCGUAUGCGAGUCGAAACAGGGCCUAAUGGGAAGAGCACAAGGCACAAUUACUACUACAUCAACUACAAGGUGCUGGUGGAUGUGGUAAAAUACAAACUGGAUCAUAUACGCCGGAAAAUAGAAGCGGAUGAACGGGAUUCAACUACCAGGUCCUCUUUUAAAUGUCCGUCUUGCUCCAGCACUUACACGGACCUUGAAGUCAAUCAGCUCUUUGAUGUAUUUACAGAGACUUUCCACUGCACGUACUGCAACACUGAAGUAGAGGAAGAUGCCUCAGCACUUCUGAAGCGUGAUGCUCGAACCUUGCUAGCGAAAUUCAAUGAGCAGAUGCAACCUGUCUUUGUGCUGCUGCGUGAGACUGAAGAUAUUGCUCUGCCAUAUGAAUUGCUGGAGCCACAGCCAACAGAAAUACCAGAAUUGUCAGAAAGCUUUGAUCAGAAGGUGGGUUCAAGUGUGCUGGAAUCGUGCAGCCAACCUGAGAAAUGGGCCAGCAGACGUUCCUCUUACAGCAAUAUGUACACCCAAAACUUAGUUAUUGAUGUACAAGACUCUGAGCACAAGAAGAAAACAAGAGAAAAAGCAACUAAGCAGCAACCUAUCUGGAUGUCACAGAGCACUGUGGAAGGAGCAACAAGAACCGCCAACAACAGUGUUGCAGUAAAUGCUUCUGAAGAAAGUGGUAAAGAAACUGUUGCUGAUAAUGAAAUCAUGAAGACUCUUCUGAUCCAUGAACCCAAGUUGUCAUCUAACACAAAUCAGGCUCCUGUUGUCAGAAGCAAACCACCUGAAUCAGGCAGUGACGUUAGCGAGUGUGAAGGAGAUUCCAAGCACCCAAGAGUAGCAGAAAUGGAAGUAGCAGACAGCAACUUUGAACAAGAGGAGGAAGAACAGGAAACACAAGGUCCUAUUUUAAUGGUAGCUGGUCAGCCUCGUUCAUAUGGUGAAGUUAAUGAAAAUCCAGAGCUUGUGUCUUUGAUGACAAAUGAAGAGAGAGCAGCUUACAUUAAAGCAGGGCAAGAAAUGUUCCAGUCUGUUUUUGAAUAAAUACUGCUGUGUGAACAUGCGAAUUUGUGUAGAAUGGGUGAAGGCUUCUUUUGAAAUAAGACAAUCUAA